UAAACAAUGGCACGGCUAAACGACAACAGCAAUGAAAUCAUCUACAUGGAUGACAUCGAGGACCAAGUGUCGGAACCGUUGACCUCUAAAGAAUUAGAAGCGGUAGUUAUACCGCGAUUUGGUUCCAUGUUGGAGACGGACAACACGAAUAAUCCCCGACCAACUUCCGGACCUGAAAUCGACGAUCUUGAACCAGAAGGAAAAUCAACGAUCGAUUUCGAUCAUCGAGGAAUAGACGACGGUCUUCUACCGGAAGCUCCACGAACACCUGAUAUUUCCACGUUUCCUGAUAGUAGAACUCCGUUCUUUCCGGUGCCACCUAUUCAAAAUAUACCAGACGUGAAUAUUUAUCAGCACAAGAAAACGCUUGCCCAGGGAAUGAUGGACCUGGCCCUUUUGUCUGCUAACGCGAAUCAACUGCGCUACGUUUUACAGACAGACGGAGGACAUCCGUAUUUUUAUCCUUCGCUGGUUAUGAUAGGUGCUAGUUUGUUCUUGCAAAUCGCUGUGGGAAUUGGCCUGAUCUGGAAUAGCAGAUAUAACGUUAAAGACAACGCCCAAAUGUGUAAGGCCGAACAGGCGAACAAUUUUACAGUGAUCGGUAUAUUUUUAGUGACCAUUCUUAAUGUUUUCAUUUCGUCGUUUGGCGUAGUCGACCAGAUUUCGAUCAUUUCUACGUGACACACGAGAUA